GUCGCCUAGUUUUAUACGUCACUGGUAGGCGGCGGGUUGCUAAGGAAACGACGGUUUAAAGAUGGAGGAAGAUGAGAGAAAUGUGCAUUAUGUAAAAAUAGUACAGGUGAGAUUGUCAGCCAGGAGAAUUGGACAGAAGAGAGUCAGCAGGAGGCAUCACAAACAGGGACAGUGAGGGAGGCACACACAAAUAUAUUAAUAACCCAGCCAGUCCCCUCUCUCCAUGCUCACACUGCUCACAGAAAUGGGGUCUGUUCAGUCUAACCCGAGUUAUUCACGGAGACUGUAUACAGACUAUUAUAUGGAGGCUGGAUACAGUAUUAUAUGGAGGCUGGAUACAGUAUUAUAUGGAGGCUGGAUACAGUAUUAUAUGGAGGCUGGAUACAGUAUUAUAUGGAGGCUGGAUACAGUAUUAUAUGGAGACUGUAUACAGUAUUAUAUGGAGGCUGUAUACAGUAUUAUAUGAGACUGUAUACAGUAUUAUAUGGAGGCUGGAUACAGUAUUAUAUGGAGCUAUACAGUAUUAUAUGGAGACUAUACACAGUAUUAUAUGGAGCUGUAUACAGUAUUAUAUGGAGGCUGUAUACAGUAUUAUAUGGAGGCUGUAUACAGUAUUAUAUGGAGGCUGGAUACAGUAUUAUAUGGAGGCUGUACACAGUAUUAUAUGGAGACUGUAUACAGUAUUAUAUGGAGGCUGUAUACAGUAUUAUAUGGAGACUGUAUACAGUAUUAUAUGGAGGCUGGAUACAGUAUUAUAUGGAGACUAUACACAGUAUUAUAUGGAGACUGGAUACAGUAUUAUAUGGAGGCUGUAUACAGUAUUAUAUGGAGGCUGGAUACAGUAUUAUAUGGAGGCUGUAUACAGUAUUAUAUGGAGGCUGGAUACAGUAUUAUAUGGAGGCUGGAUACAGUAUUAUAUGGAGACUGUAUACAGUAUUAUAUGGAGGCUGUAUACAGUAUUAUAUGGAGACUGUAUACAGUAUUAUAUGGAGGCUGUAUACAGUAUUAUAUGGAGGCUGGAUACAGUAUUAUAUGGAGCUGAUACAGUAUUAUAUGGAGACUGUAUACAGUAUUAUAUGGAGGCUGGAUACAGUAUUAUAUGGAGGCUGUAUACAGUAUUAUAUGGAGACUGUAUACAGUAUUAUAUGGAGGCUGUAUACAGUAUUAUAUGGAGGCUGGAUACAGUAUUAUAUGGAGACUGUAUACAGUAUUAUAUGGAGACUGUAUACAGUAUUAUAUGGAGACUAUACACAGUAUUAUAUGGAGGCUGUACACAGUAUUAUAUGGAGGCUGGAUACAGUAUUAUAUGGAGGCUGGAUACAGUAUUAUAUGGAGACUGGAUACAGUAUUAUAUGGAGACUGGAUACAGUAUUAUAUGGAGGCUGGAUACAGUAUUAUAUGGAGGCUGGAUACAGUAUUAUAUGGAGGCUGGAUACAGUAUUAUAUGGAGACUGGAUACAGUAUUAUAUGGAGGCUGGAUACAGUAUUAUAUGGAGACUGGAUACAGUAUUAUAUGGAGGCUGGAUACAGUAUUAUAUGGAGACUGUACACAGUAUUAUAUGGAGGCUGUACACAGUAUUAUAUGGAGGCUGGAUACAGUAUUAUAUGGAGACUGUAUACAGUAUUAUAUGGAGGCUGUAUACAGUAUUAUAUGGAGGCUGGAUACAGUAUUAUAUGGAGGCUGGAUACAGUAUUAUAUGUAGGCUGUAUACAGUAUUAUAUGAAGGCUAUAUACAGUAUUAUAUGGAGGCUCUAUACAGUACAAUAUGGGGAUUAUAUGCAGUACUAUAUAUAAAAUAUAUACAGUACUGCAGCUUCCCAUCUCAGGGCCAGUGUCCAGGCUGUUAUGUUAGGGACACUAGGCUAUGUCACAGAGCAGGUAGACAAAAAUGGGUAUAUAGGUCGCGCUGAAGGGACAGAGAGGUGAUAUGAAUUGAAUGAAUAAAUAUAAUAAAAAGUCCCAAGUAGUAGAUAAACCUGUAUUUUUCUUGGGUGGAUAUAAACUCCAAAUGAAUGUCUGAAGCUUCUUAUGUUGGAGGUGUCUUGAUUCGCUUGUCGAUAUGUGGGUACAUAAAAGAGAUAAGAAGAACUCCAAUAGUGUAGGAUGUCGACAAAUUUUCAGAUAUAAGUCUGUGAGUAGGUAAAAAAAACUCACCUUAGCAUGAGCAAAAAAACUUACUCAAGUGUUCUUAGCGUUCAGUGGCGUCAAUCCCCCACUGGUCGGAUAUGGGUGAUGAAGUCCUGGGUAAUUCCUCAAUAUGUGGAGAGAUGGGAGACGUAUAUAGUGCUCACUGAAUUAUUUAAAAAAACAAAUAAAAUGGUAAAAUACUCACAUGUAUAUGAGCAGGAACUACUGCUCAAUAUAGUGGCACAGGUGGUACAAUCCCCACCUUGGAUUCUUGGAAAGUAGCGUACUUCAAUCCAAAUCGGUGACCAGGUAAUUCGAAUUAAAAGUAUAUAUAGGCAAAAAUAAAAGCCAAUAUUUCUUUAUUAAAAUAUAAUAUAUCAGUAUAUAAAACAAACUAAUAACAGCCAAAACGCGUUUCACCACACAGGGCUUUAUCAAAUGGCAUUAAAAAGAGAGAAAAACCUGGUACAGUAAAUGCUUUUAUAAACUAAGAAAAGCAGAUAAGGAUUUGAAUUUUGAACAUUUCUAUAGGUUGCUGCUUUUAUACUUAUUUUAGUUUCUUUUAGAUUAUUUAGCGCUGAACUGUUAUCCAUUUGUCCAUAUGUCACAGAGCAGACCUAGGACUUGCCCCAACUGUGCUACAACAUAACAGGCCUGCUUGUGUUUGUAUAUUAGUUAUUAUUUCACCAUGCUGUGGGUGUUCUGGCAGAGGCUCCAAGCACUGCAAUUACCUAUGCUUGUCUGGAUCAAAAUUAACCUGUAUUGUACGGAGAGUACCGUACACAGGAAAAAUAAAAACAUGUAUACCUUGGAAGAUCCAAAGAACACAAUUCUUGAGGGGCGUGGCCUAGCGGCGGAACGAAAUGGCCGCAUAGAGACUGAGCUCCUCCGGCCCCACUCAGCCACGCACAAAUUACCAGCCACGGACAGGAAAAUGGGGAAACACACCAAGGCGGGGAACACCCCCAGACCACCGGGGACCCGCCAGGUGAGCCAAAACCCCUCCAUGCGGCAGUACUUGUCCGCGACGCCGGACCCGUUUUCCCAGGCGUCAUCUGAGGCCUACCUGCAAUCUGAGGCCUCCACGCCAAACUCCCUCUCCCCAGCCCGGGAGGACACAGGGGAAACCCCCCCCGCAGACUGGAUGGCCCUGCUAAGGGCUCUACCCACCCGGGCAGACCUCACCCAAGCCACCUCAGCCCUCCAGUCAUCUAUUAAGUCAGACCUGCAGCUGAUGAGGGCAGACAUUCAGGGGAUGGCAGACCGCAUGGCCCAAAUAGAAGCAGAUCACGACGCCCUCACUGCGACACAAACGGCACAAGCCACAAACUACUCUAAAAGAUCUGCCCAAAUGCAAGCCAUGGCCAGACAUAUAGAAGACCUGGACAAUAGAGGCCGCAGACAGAACCUACGAGUAAGAGGCCUACAAGAAGGUGAAGACUCACCCGCCCAGCUUAAAGUCACACUCACCGCCAUCUUCAACGAGCUCCUGAGCCGCCCCAGAGAGACCCCCAUAGAGUUCAUCAGAGCCCAUAGAGCACUGAGACCCAGGGGCCCACCAGAGGCUCCACCUAGGGACGUGAUCUGCUGCCUAGCACUAUACGCCUUGAAGGAGGAAAUUCUGUAUGCAGCACGCAACAAGGGAGAAAUCACCCAUGAAGGCUCACAUCUCCAACUGUACCCGGACCUAUGCCCAGCUACCUUGGGAUAUCGCAGGGCACUAAAACCGCUCACCAGAAUGCUAGUGGCCCAGAAAAUUAGAUACCGCUGGACAUUCCCCACAGGCCUGAUCGCCACCACCCAAAACGGCCCUAGACCGAUCCGUACCCCACAGGACCUACAGGAAUUGUCAGAAGAUCUCCACUUGCCACCCCUUAAUAUGACCUGGCCAGAUCCAUUGGAUUUCUACAACAGCCCACCUACACCCCAGGGGGAACCUGCACCGACACAGCGCAGACACCGAACAAGACUGGAGACCGUGAGGCCAGCAGGGGCAACACGUUAACGGACAAACAAGACAGGAGCCACGCAUGGAACUCGUAACUAUGCAAUGGGACACUCUGCACGCAGGCCUACACCACACAUGGGCCACACACUUAGCCGUUAAAACACUCAGACACCCACGUGCCAUGGGAGGGUGGGGGGAUCAUCAGAAGUGGGCAGACGAGACAUUAUUGCAAGUACAAUCGAGGAACCCACGAAAGAAACACUGGGGACUCUGGGUAUACUGGGGGGGAAGACGUAUGGGGUUGUUUUGCCCUUCCUCUCUGCUUUCCCCUUCCUCCAGGGGGGUCUUUUCUUUUCUCGGUUUCCCUCUUUCCUGUUUGGGUGGGGGGAUUUGGGAAAGGGGAGGCUGAGGCUGAACAAAGGCUCACUCCAGACCAACAGAGAGAGAGACCAACAGAGAGAGGGAGCGGAGGUCACCAGGGAGGGCUAGUACUAGGAGAAGGGACAGGCCCCCAAUGCCAACUGGACCCCCAGAACACCACGGCAAGGGGAGGGACACGAAAUGGGAGAUGCAAGGCCAGCUAGCUAUAGACCUUAAACCACAAACCUACAAGCUACAACACGGCAACAUAACUCACCACCCGGCAAAGGAGACCUAGGGGCACAGGGGAGAGACUAGCAGGGUAAAGUCAACCAAACGAGCACGCACUCGAACACACACCUGGGAGAUAGGGAAAGGGCCGGGAUGGGCUGGGCCCAGGGGCUGCCAGCUCCACCUGUACUGAUUAUAUAGCUUCCGAGCAGAGGGGGUCGGGGGACAAUGGAGACCCAGAAAGGAGAAGGAUCCACCACUAUUGGCCCUACGGGGUGAGGGAGUUAGAGGGCCACGUCCCCGGUAGACAGGGGCACCAGGAUACCGGCGGGAGUACUCAGCGGUGCCGACAGGUGCUGCACAGCUGACUCCUACCUAGCCCACACCCUAGUCUUUUUUUUUUGGAAAACCGACACAGUUUAUUAUUGUUGUUUAUUACUGUUACAUUUGUUACUAUUUGUUGAAAGCCGCGCCUGCCCGCGGGACCCAGGGGGACCCACCCCCGACUUCAGACCCACACUUGAGGAGUAAACCAAACCCUCUAGUGCCCACCCACACUCCCCAACCCUCCCCACCAUACCCUGAUUCUCCUGAAACAUAGCAAACAUGCCACGUCACAACACACACAAACAAGCGGAGAUUAAAUUCCUCUCCAUCAACGCUAAAGGCAUGAACAUACCCGAAAAACGCUCGCAUGCCCUACGUCACUUCCACAGUCAAAAGUCACAGGUAGUCUUCAUUCAGGAGACACACUUUAAAGAGGGCCACGUGCCCAGACUGACGGACAAACAUUACGCACAAUGUUUCCUGAGUAAUAACCCAGAGGGAAAGUCCAAAGGCACAGCAAUCCUGAUCCAUAGAUCGCUACAUUUUGCCCCUACUGACACACUGCGAGACAGCCACGGACGGUAUAUAUGUGUCAAAGGCACAAUUGCAGGCCGCACAUACACGUUCGCAAACCUAUAUACCCCCAAUAAACGCCAACACCAAUUUUUACGCACAGCACUUAGAACAAUAGAGGGCUUCGCGGAGGGCUGUCUGGUCGUUGGAGGGGACCUCAAUGUGGCCCUGACGCCGACCAUAGACACAUCCAUAGGCCUCUCUACGACACCCCAGCAUAUCUUAACAAACAUCCCUGACGCCGACCAUAGACACAUCCAUAGGCCUCUCUACGACACCCCAGCAUAUCUUAACAAACAUAUCAAAAACGCUGCGAGAGAAGCGUCUGGUAGACUGCUGGAGAGCUUUACACCCUGAAGACCGAGACUACACUUAUUACUCUAUCCCCCACAAAACGUACUCUAGAAUAGACUAUUUCCUCAUUCCACAUUACCACCUGACUGAGGUUCGACGAACGGACAUUGGAACAGCGACAUGGUCAGACCAUGCUCCAAUUACGAUGACACUAACCUCCCCACUCUAUAGGCCCACCUGCAGUAACUGGAGACUGAACGAAUCGAUCUUAAAGGACAUUACAGUGACGACAGAAGCCAGGGAAAGACUUACGCAAUACUUUACAGAAAACGAUACGUCUGAGGUCACGCCCCUAUGCCUAUGGGAGGCUCAUAAAAGCGUAAUGAGAGGCCACUUCAUAGCGAAAAGCGCCGCGCUUAAAAAAGCUAAAUCUGCCAGACUUAAAACAAUAAUUCAGGACAUACAGACUUUGGAAUGUAGACACAAACAAACCCACCUGAUAGCAGACUGGACACAGCUAACAGUACUCAGGAGGGAACUCUCCUCUAUCCUGAAUGCCAAUCACCAUAGAGCACACUUACACUCCAAAGCGUUCUUUUACACCAAUGCUAACAAAUGUGGUGCCCUCCUUGCCCGCAUGAUCGCCAAAAAGAGAGCAGCGGCCUACAUCCCGGGGAUCAGAGACAGAGAGGGGAAGCUACACAGUAUGCCGACCGAGAUGGCCAACACCAUUAGGGCGUACUAUGCGGACCUCUAUUCCCUCGACCCGCCCAGGGGACAGGGAGCGGACACAGAAAGGAAGAAGCGGAUAACAGACUACCUAGAACCGCGCAUCGGCAACUGCAUCUCACAGGAGGCAAGUACAGAGCUAGACGAACCGAUCGAGACGCACGAGGUAGCAUGGGCUCUCAAAACGGCCAAGACGGGCAAGAGCCCCGGACCGGACGGCUUACCAGCACGCUACUACAAAACCUUUGCGGAACUUCUCGUUCCACGCCUCACGACGGCACUCAAUGCGAUCCGAGACGGGCAGAUAUUCCCAACACAGACCCUGGCGGCCAACAUCAUCCUAAUUCCUAAAGACGGGAAAGAUCCUGAACAUUGUGCGAACUAUCGCCCCAUCUCACUGUUAAAUAACGACUUGAAGCUUUUUACGAAGAUACUCGCACAGAGACUGCAGGCCCACCUCCCGAACUUGAUUCAUAAGGACCAGGUGGGAUUUACCCCGCACCGAGAAGCGCGCGAUAACACGAUCAGAGCGCUUUCCCUGAUCCACCUCGCAAAAACUAGACAGGAGGGCCUUCUCCUGCUCUCCACGGACGCGGAGAAGGCCUUCGACAGGAUUGCAUGGGACUUCAUGUUCCAGGUCCUCGACAAACUAGGGAUGGGGCCUCACAUGAUGUCCUGGAUCAGGGCCCUGUACUCACAACCAACAGCACGGAUCUGCAUAAAUGGAGCCUUCACAGACCCCUUCGUGAUCAGGAAUGGAACCAGACAGGGCUGCCCCCUCUCCCCCCUGCUCUUUGUGCUAGCCCUGGAACCAUUCCUGAACUCGAUCCGAAACAACCCGGAUAUCCCGGGAUUGAAGACAGGAGCUGGGAAACACGCAGUGGCAGCAUAUGCGGACGACCUACUGUUCUUCGUAACUAAGCCGGAAACAUCCAUGCCCACGAUAAUGAAGGAAUUCGAACAAUACGGGGAGCUCUCGAACUUUAAAAUCAAUUUUUCCAAAUCCACGAUCCUCAACGUCUCCGUCUCGAAGUCCAGAGUGACGGCCCUCAAACGAGCGCUGCCAUUCCAAUGGUCGGCCACCUCCCUAAAAUACCUCGGUGCAGUGCUAACAAACGACCUCGCCCAACUGUACGCAGCGAAUUUCCAACCGCUCCUGACCACUAUACAGAAGGACUUGCAGGAAUGGGACCAGGUGCGCCUCUCAUGGUUUGGAAGAGUGGGAGUGCUCAAGAUGAACAUCCUACCGAGGAUCCUCUACCUGUUUCAAGCUAUCCCCGCGACCAUACCGGAGGCAUUUUUUACCUCCCUUAGAUCGAUGGCCCUCCGGUUCACAUGGCAGAGACAGAAGGCCAGGAUACAACACGACAUGCUCACACUACUGAAGGUCAAGGGAGGCCUAGCUCUGCCAGAUUUUAAGAGAUACCAUAGAGCCACACACAUCCAAAGGAUAGUGGAGUGGUCUAAACAGGGAGUGGAGAAACUCUGGAAAGAUGUGGAGUCUUCCCUGGUGGAGAGACCGAUGGCAGUCCUCCCUUGGCUGGACCCCCAACAAAGUAGGCAGCUAGCUGCUCCACACCCCCUAAUCAAAGCGACCGUACGGGUUUGGCAAGCUCUGGCGGUGCCACUCUCGCUCACCUCCACGCCAUCCCCAAUGAUGCCUCUAAUCCAUAAUGAGGUCUUCCCGCCAGGAAGGGAACCAAGAACGUUGGUCCAGCUGCUGGGACAAGACAUGCCGAGGCUUUUCCAUGCCAUAGACAACGGCCGCAUCAAAUCACUAGAGACCAUGACGGGGAACUCCAAUCACCCAUUCAUGCUCCAAUUCAGACACCGACAACUAAAAGGGCUCAUACAAGAAACCACCCGAAACAAUCACACUCUCAGACCCUUAACAACGUUUGAAGAGAUAUGCAUGGACCCGGACCCGUUGCCGAGGGGCCUGUCAACGCUCUAUGGAAUGAUCAUGCGGUUGAGGAGGCUGCCACCCCCAAGCUUCAUGGGGAAAUGGGAAACAUUUUUAGGCACUACAUUCACACCCAACCAAUGGGACAAAAUUUGCACCCUCUCACUACACUGCGCACCAUCUAGCGGAACACAAGAAACAGCAUAUAAAAUACUGGCCCUUUGGUACCGCACCCCACUCCACACACACCUAUACGACCCCACGAAGGACGACGUAUGCUGGAGGUGCAACACGCACAAGGGAACAUACCUCCACAUAUGGUGGGAAUGUCCAAUCAUCCAACCAUACUGGGCAACCAUCCACACGAUCAUCAAAAGAUUCACAGACUCCCCACCACCCAUGAACCCCGCAACAUUCCUCAUCCACCACACCAAGAUGAAAGCAUCAACAUAUAAAAAAUCCUUAACAAUACGGAUACUUAAUGUAGCCAAAAGCCUAAUCCCCCUCUACUGGAAAAAACAAUGCGCGCCCCCGCUGGGGACGUGGUACCAAAAAAUGGAGGAGCUGAGAGCUCUGGAAGAGCUCUCCCUGCUGGCAGAGGGGAGGACCCAGACGUACAUGACGAUCUGGACACACUGGAUACUGACCUCGACUAACGCUGACUUCCAGGACCUGCUGACAUGACUGCAGACACCUGAAGAGACAAACGACCAUCUUGACGGUGGGAGUGACUACACAAACAAACAGGGAAAUCACCAGAAUCAACAUCAUAAUAAAUAAAACACCCCCUCCCCCUCUCCCACUCCCAAUCCCCCCCCCUCCCACUGGCCCCCCCUGGGGGAACCCGCGGACGGGAAGGCGACAAAGUAGAGAAGUUCAUAAGACAUAGAGGCUCCAGACGGAGGGGCACCCCCUAAGCAAAGAAGGGAAGAGAGGGGGAAGAUAAGGGUAGCAAAGGGGGAAGGAAAAGAACAAGAAGGGGAAAACCAAGAGUAAAAAGAGAGAAAGAGAAGGAAGGGAAAGGAAAGGGAAAGGUGUAAGGAAGUCCAGAAUGAAGGAGACAAAGAGAAGCAGACAAGAAAAACAGGAAAAGGGACAGGGGUUCACAGUUAAGGAUAAGACAAGGAGAAACAAGCCUAACUUUGCACUCAAGCCAAAGGCGGGAGUUAAAGACGGUACAAACCACCGCCACCCCAGCCAGAUCAACAGGGGUAUACCCCACUGUCACCAAAGAUCUGAGAACUGAACGCGCAAGGCACACACAACACCCGAUUUCUCCCCCAUACGGUUGGUCAAAACACACCACCUGCCUAGACACAAGACAUCAACCACCUUUGUCACACUGGGUGAUAUACUAUAGCCACAACAACCGUACGAGAGAGGGAAAACCCCAUCCACACAAAGGUUUAUAGGACCCAUGAGCCCAACUAGUACACGUCUUUAAACUGGUUGAUGACUUGCAUGUCACUAUGUCGUUCACAAUAACUAUCUCAUGUCUGAGACAUAAACUGGGAAAGCCUUUAUUGGACCUGCGUGUCCGCGACAAUGUGUUUUCUUUUUCUUCCCUCUCUUUCUGCAUAAAAUGAAAAUUCCUUGAAUAAAAGAAAUUUACAAAACCAAAGAACACAAUUCUUAUUGCAACUGUCUAGGCUAGGCAAAUAUCCAAUUUGCUACCGUUUGUGUGUCUCACAUCUCCCUUCCAUUUCUCUACAUUUCCUUUAUUUUUGUUAGUUGUUCUCAUGUCAAUUUCUCCUUUCUUUCUUUCACUCAGUCUCACACACUGUCUCUUUCCUGCUAUUUUUCUCACACAGUGUUAUUUAGUAAAGUGAGAAUUCAAAGUGAAUUUAAAACUUAAAGAGACACUCCAGGCACCAAAACAACUUCAUCUAAAUUAAGUUGUUUCGGUGUCAGGAGGACCCUGGAGGCAUUCUUACCUGAAGAGGUUAAACCGUUCUUGAAGUCAAUCAGUGGCGCCCCGGCCCAGCGGCACUCUGCACUUUCUGAAUCUGAAAAUUCAGAAGCCAGAUGCCGCCAGGGGAGGAGUGGACAUCGCCGCUGGAGACAAUUAUGGAAUUAAACCGUUCUAGUGUGGUUUAAUCCCUUGAGGUAAGAGUGCCUCCAAAGGUCUCCUCACACCCUAACAAAUUAAUUAAGAUUAAGUUGUUUUGAUGCCUGGAGAGUCCCUUUUAAGGCCAGAACAGCCAAAGUAUUGCAGCCUUAGAGAAUUUUUCUAGUUCGGUUAUUUUGAACUUAAAUUUGAAAUUCACUUUGAAUUUACUUGAGUAACUUACCCUGUCGGUCUCACUUUCACCUCUAUCCUUUCAUCAUAACUAGAAUUUUCACUGUCUCUCUCUAUGUAAUGUAACACUGAGUUAUGAAGGUUGAGAAGAUGGCAGUGGUCCACACUGUCAUAAGCAGCAGAAAGCUCAAGAUGAAUUAGUGCACAGAACUGAAGAUAAACUAGUGUAGAGAACUGAAUUUAGCAAGUUUUAAAGAUGUGUCCCUGCAGUCACAGUAGUUUCAGUUUAAAAACAAGAACAUAAGCCAUAUUGAAGAGGUUCAAGUUUUGAGGAACUUCCUAUGCCUGAGAUAUAAAGUAAGUUAGUUUAGAGUUGAAACUGUAAUUGUAUAGGGAAUUCAUACUUGGUAUUUGUUUAAGGAUUGGAGGGAUCUUUUGUGAACAGAGCUUUUUGUGAGAUGGCCUGUCAAGGAACCAUUAAUUUGAUUAAACACAAAUUAAGGUAUUUUGUAAGCUAGGAGAAGGCAUGUUGCCUUCUGAUUCAUGGUUUACUUGUGCCUUCACUUACAUAACUAUUUAUUUUUAAUUUUCUAUGUGAUUCAUGCUCACAGGCCUAUGUGCGUGGUUUUCUAGUGCGUCAGAAGAUGCAUAUUGUGCAGAAGGAAUAUGCAGCAAUUGCAAGAGAGAUUGAGGGAGAAGAGAUAACCCUGCGUUGGGAGAAAGGUCCAGUCUCCAUACCACAGUUCAUCCAACCGGUUAGUAUUGUCUUAACUUACUAAGAAGGUGACGUACAUCUAGAUCUUCUAGCGUCUUACUUGACAGACUCUGAAUUAUUGUCUUUCUCUUAGGGAAUUGCCAAGAAGGAACUGAACUGUCGAAACAUGCAAAAUAUUCACAAUGAUUCAAGUAUACAUGAGUCUUUAGAAAACAUUGAGAACAUAAAUCCGUCUUCCACUGAUGCAUUUAGAGACCACAAGUAUCUACAGGACAAAAGCUCAGAGGGUGGCCAUUCUUGUAAUCAGUCAGAGCAAAACAUAGCAGGACAAGAGAGAGACCUAGCUAGGCCUGGACUGGAGAGGGAACUAGCUGGGCCGGAAAGAAACCUAUCCUGGAGAACAGGAUGUAGCUUAGAGGCUGAUAAAGGCAAAGAGAGACACCUGGCUAAUGAAGAGAGGGAUAAGUACAUGUUUGAAACUAAUGGUAAGUGUGACAGAUUCCUAUUGGAUACUGACCAAGAGAAUAGUAUAUGCAUGACUGGGAGUAUCCGAGAGAAGGACCGCUGCCUGGAUUGGAUUGGUCCUGAGAAUUUAGCGUACCUGGAUGACACCAAACUUGAAGUGUCAAAUGAUAGAAGUCAAAGCUCAAAAGCUAAAGUGUCGCUUAACCAAAGCCAAGGAUUCCUGAAUUGGAGCAGACAAACUAUUCAGAGUGGAAAAGUGCUGGAAACAGGUGAGAAGGACAAUGUUAAAGAACUUGGCUACUGUUGUGUAUUGUACUUUCAAAGUACAUGUAAUUAUUCCUAGCUAGUUCACUUUAUUUAAAUGUCCACUAUAGUCACCCAGACCACUUCAGCUCAAUGAAGUGGUCUGGGUGCCAGGUCCCCCAGGUUUCAGAGAAACUGCUAUGUUUACAUUGCAGGGUUAAUCCAGCCACUAGAAGUGUUACUAGGCAGCAAUGUAAACACUACCUUUUCUCUGAAAAGGCGGCAUUUACAUUGAAAAGCCUGCAGAGACAGGCUAUAGACACCAGAACCACUACAUUAAGCUGUAGUGGUGACUAUAUUUAUUUAUUUAUAAAAUAUUUUACCAGGAAAGAUACAUUGAGAUUUCUCUCGUUUUCAAGUAUGUCCUGGGUCCACAAAUCAUUGCAUUGUUACAUUAGGGUACAAUAAAAUACAAAACCAAUAUUAAUACACAAUAAAUACAAAAGUUAACAUAGAACAGGUAGGAAAUAUAUAAUCAACCAUGACAGAUGCAUUCUGUUUUGAGGUAUGUAGAGAGGGAUCUCUUAAAGGACUUUAGGCUUAGGGAAGAUUUUAAAUUGUGCGGGAGGUCGUUCCACAAUUGCGGUACUCUGUAGGAGAAGGAGGAUCGGGCUGCUUUCUUUUUGUAUUGAGGUAGACUAAGUAAAGUGUUGGUACUGGGUCGGAGCUUAUAGGAAGAGUGAACAGCUGGGGAAAGCAUUUUGUUCAGGUAGGGUGGGAGUUUCCCAGAAAAGCUCUAAACACAAGGCUGGAAAGAUGAAGGGUGCGUCUGGAUUCCAGCGACAGCCAGUUUAGUUCUUUUAGCAUGUCACAAUGGUGAGUCCUGUAAUUACAUUGUAGCACAAUUCGGCAGAACAAGUUAUACAAUGUGUUGAGUUUAUUAAUGUGGGAUGGCGAUGCAGAUGCAUAUACUACAUCCCCAUAAUCAAUGAUUGGCAUCAGCAUUUGCUGUACAAUCUUUUCCUUUACUGUAGGGCUUAGGCAGGAUUUGUUUCUGUACAGGGCACCUAGUUUUAAAGUUUAGAUGCAAGCUUUUCUAUGUGCAGGCCAAAAGAUAGAUUGGGGUCUAACAUCAUAACCAAGUAUUUGAAAGAGUGGACAGCGGUCAGUGUGCCAUUUGAAUUUGUUUUAAUUGAUAGGUGGGAAUUGUGUAAUUUGUGUAAUUUAGGUACUGUUCCAAAGAUCAUUGUGACAGUUUUGUCAGUGUUCAGGAAGAGUUUGUUUUUUGCGAUCCACUUUUCUACCUCUGUAAACUGGUCUUGGAGCACAGCCUCAAGCUGCGGUAGAUUGGAUUUGCUUGCAUAGAUUACGGUGUCAUCUGCGUACAUGUGUACAUUUGAGGAUUUGCAGACAUUAGGCAAAUCAUUUAUAAAUAAUAUAAAUAGUAGGGGGCCGAGAAUGGAACCUUGGGGAACACCACACGUGACUGGGAUAGGGAGGGAGUCGCUGUCAGAAAUGGACACAUAUUGCGAGCGAUCUGAUACAUACGAUCGAAACCAGGUUAGCGAACGAUCACCAAUACCUGAGUUUUUGUUUGUGCAGUAGAAUGUCGUGGUCUACUGUGUCAAAGACCUUAGCAAAAUCAAGGAAAAUAGCUCCAGUUAGGGCUCCUUGUUCCAUGCCAGUUUGGAUGUCAUUGCAAACUUUUAAGAGGGCAGUUGUAGUGGAGUGAUUCUGGCGAAAGCCCGAUUGAUCAGAGGUCAGAUAGUUUGAUUGUUGGUAGUACUCACAUAGUUGUGUAUGCACACAUUUUUCUAAGAUUUUUGACAAAUCCGGGAGCAAUGAUAUUGGGCGAUAGUUAGAAACCAAAGUAGUGGCACCACUUUUAUGGAUAGACACUACUCUCGCAGUCUUCCAAAGUUUGGUUAUGUAUCCAGACACCAAGGAUUCGUUAAUUAGAGUUGCGACGGGUUUAGCAAUUGCCGGCGCACUGAGCUUCAACGGCAUUGCUGGGAUUUGAUCAGGUCCGGACUGGUUUUUCAUUUUUAGAUUAUUAAGAUGUUUUUUAAAGACACUAACAGGUACAGGUCUAAAAAUGAAUUUGUCUAUAUUGGGCCUUUGCAAAUUUAGUAGUGUCCCUAUGACGUGUCUAUUUCAUGAGAAUGCACUUUAAUACAGGAUUGGGACGCCUCCAUGUCGGUCAAGCUUCCUCUCUCAGUAUGAGGGAAUUAUAGUUCUCUUGUAGUGACUUUUCUCAUAGGGAAGCAUUGGCCAAUCAGAUUUGUGCAUUUGCAGCAAGUGUUGUGGCAGGGGUUGCAUCAAAGCAAAGCACUAGUAGGAAUCAUUGUAUAAUUAGCAUAAAGCUUAUGAAGAUAAAAUAAUGUUAUUAAAAUAUAGUUCAUUUUUCAGAAUUCAGAAGAAUUCAUGCUCUUCCCUUUCAAUUAACCCCUUAAGGACCAAACUUAUGGAAUAAAGGGGAAUCAUGACAUGUCAUGUGUCCAUAAGGGGUUAUUAAAGGAGCACUACAUUCUUAGGAAUACAAACGUGUUCUUAAUUCUUUAGUGUUCUCCUCUCAAUUUAGGGUUAGGGGUCUCUCUAAAUUAAAUAAAAAAAAAAAAAGAAGAGUUUUUACUUCCCUUUAUCCUGGUGCUUUGACUCACUUGUUCCAGCCGCCCACUCCUCCUCCCAUGACAUUAUCCCUCCGGCAUCACUUCUUUUUCUCAUCCAGUCCAAUGCUGCUCAUGGAGGCAGCCACUAUAGGUGUAAUGGAAACAUAAAUGGCUAAAAUGACAGGGACACAGAACUCAGACCACUUCAUUCAAGAACCACUAAAGUACCCCAGGCCACUUUAUCUCAAUGAAGUGACCUGGGUGCAGUGUUUCUUUAGGUUUAACCCUGCAAUAUACAACAUUGCAGAUUUUAAGAAACUAUAAUGUUUACAUUGCAGGGUUAAGUCCAUGUUCAAUGGCUCUUCCUGACAGCCUCUAGAGACACUUCUGAUGCAGUAAAACACGAUUUUGUGACAUAGAAACCACCAUAGGAAAGCACUGAGUCAAUGCUUUCCUAUGGGGAAGGUUGGAUGCAUGCACAGGGUCACCACAAAUGUUCAUCAGAUCCCAAAUGCUCUUCUAUGAUCUUGGGGGCUCUCAAUUCUACCUCGAAGCUGCAGGACACAGCUUCCACCAUAAUUGUAUUGAGUAGGUAUUGACCUAUGAAUGUUUGCAGGUGCUGAGCAAACCUGCUGAGUUAUUCCUAGUACCUACUCAUCAAAACCCAGGUUAACUUGACAUUUUGUGAGUAAAUCUGACGCUUAAGUCUACAAGCAUAAUUGCAGUUGUUGUUUAUGUAGUGUAAAGGUUUCCAUGGUUGUCAUAGCAAUAGGGAAAACUUGGACAUAUAUAUAUUUUUUUUCAUUCUCCUGUCUUCGUAGCAAAUAGAGUAAAAUAUUUUCCAAUAUCUUUAAAGGAAUACCAUUAAAUAAUCUGCAUGAGCUGAGACAACAUCGGAGCCACCUUGCCAUGGAGAUGUUGUGGGUGCAACAAGCUAUUACAAGCCGAAAAAAUGUGAGUUUCAUUUUUUUUUUUUUUUCUUGCUAAAUCUAAUGUCUUAGAUUCUCUCCUUUUAUCAUCCGGCAAAUCUCUUUCAGCCAUUUCAUAUACGUCCAACAAAACUCGGUGCCUUCGCAUAAGCAUCAUAUAUUUAUUUAUUGGGCAUGCCCACAAAGAUUCUUCUUCCUAUUUAUCACCUUUAUUUCUAUACUUUGAGAGCCUUUUUACCGAUGUUAUGUUCCCGAGCUCAAGAAGGAUUAUGAAACUACACAAUGGAAUGUGUGCAGUUUCCCUUCCUCCUUUGUUUGUAAAAGGGAAAGUGAUACUAAUAAGUGAUUUGUUGUUGUAAGCCCAACUGGGCUGCAAUCGGAAAAAACAAGGGGGAUUAACAUUAAAAACACUACAUGUGUAGAAUCAGCAUACAUAUAGAAUCAAAAAAACAGUAUAAUGCAUACCAAAAAUAAACCAGUGUCAAGAAUAUAAAGCAGCAUACAUGGAAAAAAAUAAAUAUAUAUAUAUAAAAUAAAAUAAUGCUCUUGCACUCACGCUUUAGUGUCCCUUUAUAACCGGGUGCUAGCAAGCCAAGGCUGUAUUAUCCAUUCUUCCAAAUAGGUAGCUGCACUCACUGAUUUUAAAAGUCCAAAAUUUAUUGAUAAAUGUUAAAAAAGACGAUCAAUGUUUCAGUCCUGCAUAGAGGACUUUCAUCAGGAUCAAAUACAAUAUAAAAAAAAAAUAUAUAUAUAUAUAUAUAUAUAUAUCUAUAUCUCUAUAUAUCUAUCUCUAUCCUGAUGAAUGUCCUCUAUGCAGGACUUAAACGUUGAUCAUCUUUUUUAACAUUUAUCAAUGCAUUUUGGACUUUUAAAAUCCGUAAGUGCAGCUACCUAUUUGUGUGUGUGUGUGUGUGUGUGUGUGUGUGUGUGUGUAUGUAUGUAUAUAUAUAUAUAUAUAUAUAUAUAUAUAUAUAUAUAUAUAUAUAUAUAUAUAUAUAUAUACACACACACAUAUAUACACAUAUAUAUGUGUGUGUGUGUGUGUGUAUAUAUAUAUAUAUAUGUGUGUGUGUAUGUAUGUGCUCGGAAUUUAAUAUGUAAUGGAUAGUGACUGGGAUGAAAGUUGGUUGUGGUGUGCCGAAACCAACAUCCGAGUGGGCCUGUAAAUAAAAGAGGGCCCACCAAGGAGAAUUGUAUGUUCUUAAGGGUGCUGGUGGGUGGGGAACACUUGAACGCUAGCGUCAGAGGUGAGUAGGGGCUGGGAGCUUAAGUAGGGGACUUACUCCUCCCACAAAUUCAGGCCUAAUGGCCUUUCUACUUGUGCUCGGAAUUUAAUAUGUAAUGGAUAGUGACUGGGAUGAAAGUUGGUUGUGGUGUGCCGAAACCAACGUCCGAGUGGGCCUGUAAAUAAAAGAGGGCAAAAGAGAAGUUUGAAAAAACACACUUUAUUGCAUUUGUUACAUAACUAAAUUCCUGAAGGCUUGAUGGAGCUCUCUUUCUGUUUGUGGAAUGUAUGUAUUGUAUAUGGAGGAUUUCCAACGACCCAGUCUCUUAAUGAUGUGGACCGGGGUGUUUGUACUAGAAGCUGAUGAAGCGGCUCCUAUGCGGAAGGAAUGCCCGGAGAACGAAGCUGGGUUGUAACCCAGUUUUCCCAAUAAGAUUCUAACAUGCGUGGUGAAUUUUGCUGUAGUGAGUGGGUGCCCUUGUAGUUGAUGAAAAGGCCGGAUGAGGACUGAAUCAAUGAUACUGUAAAGUUACCGAACAUUGGUGACUAAAGCUUGCAAGUUACGAAGACCAGUGAGUGCCCUUCUUGUAUGUAUCCAGGCGGAAGUAGAUACUAGGAAUGCUGAUACUGUCCCAAAGUACCUGGGGCCCGUCCACAGAACCAAGUAGGAUAAGCUGAGAUGUAAUGGAUGCAGUGCACCAGGAUGCUGUGAAGGGUCGCUCUAAAGGGAAUCAAUCAGGCCAGUCUAACUGUUAAGACAGUCCACAGUCCCUUCUGUAACCUCCAACAGCAGGACCAACAGUGGAAAGCAUGUAUAUAUACAGUGUUCCAGCUAUCGCAAAGCAAACAAUAUGGCCAGUUUACUUCGCAAAAGGCCGCAGCACUUUCUUAACCCCUUAAAACCAAACUUCUGGAAUAAAAGGGAAUCGUGACAAGUCAUGUGUCCUUAAAGCGGCACUGUCAUGCCGAAUCCUGUUUUUUGGUUUUUUUUAACCCCCCCCUCCGGCCUCCACUAUCUCUAAUUGACACCCUAGUCACCCCCAAAUGCCCCUAAGCCCCCCACAUUUUAAUCUCCCUUAUGCUAUUAUGGGGGUCAUAUUGACCCCCAUAGAGUGAGGAGGGAUCUGGGGGGCUUAUGAAGUGGCUGGGAGCACUGCUCCCUGCCGCUUCUAUCUUUACAUAUUACAAGGAGGGAGCUGCGUGCCGGUAGCUCCCUCCUUGUAAUAAACUGAACGAACAAAUGAACACUGAUACACAGUGUUAGUUUGUUCGUCUGACAUUUCUAUUCAUUCAUUCGGCUGUCUGAUGAAUGAAUGAAUAGAUGAAAUUCCCGUUCGCAUGUCCAGGUGUUUCACUGAGCAUGUGCGGGAAUCUCACGGUCUAUCUAGUGUGGGCAGAUGACGUGUCCCACAGGGACUUCCUCUACCCACACAAAAAUGGCAGCGCCCUGAAUAAAUAUCGGGGCAGAAAAUAAAGAUAAAAAAAUAGGGAAUGUCGGGGGCUUAGGGGCAUUUGGGGAUCACUAGGGGGUCAAUUAGAGAUAGUGGAGGCGGGUUAAAAAAAAAACAACAGGAUUCGGCAUGACAGUGCCGCUUUAAGUCGUUUGCCUUUUGGUGUGUUGCUGCCCAUUUUUCUGAUUAGCAGUACAUGUGCCACCCUUAACCUAUUCCCCCACCUCUCGCAUGUAACAAUGUAUUUUUUGUGUUGAUCUGUGAUAUUCUGCAAGUCAAUAAAGAUUUAAAAAAAAAAAUGGAAUGUCCUUGCCCGAUUAAAGGUAACAGGGGCUUAUAUAGCUGUUAAUGCAGGAGGAUAUACCAUCUUUCCUAUACUGGCAAAUGGUUUCGGGCCAGCUGUUGAUAAUAGCAUUAAAGCAGCACUAUCGUCCCUCUACCUCCCCCUCCCCCCCUUUAAAAAAAAAAAAGAGAGUAUUUCACUGACAUUCCAACCCUUUUAAGAGAUAUAUUUAGACAAAGUGACUACUUUGUCUGUGCAUAUUUUCAAUGCUUGACACUUCUAGACACUGCAUGGAACUACCACCGUCUUUCAGUGAUGGCUGCAGGGAAUUGGCUCUGUCUAUGGAGGAUCUUGCGGAAUCCUCCGUAUACCUCAAUGCUGUAUUCCGUACACUCAGUACAGCAGGGACGUUGGCUCCUGGUGCUGAAAUGCCAAGAGCUGAAGAGGACCUGCCGGAGGAAGAUGGCCGUGCCUGUGAGGGACUGGUUCAAAGAAGUAAAAUUCACCUUUACAUUUCCCCUCCGGCGAUGUCACCUUUGGGGGUUGUUUGUGAAUUCUGCACAGUUUUACACUCAAAUUCCCACUACUUUUGGGUAUCAGCAACUGCAAGAUUAUGCAGCUUCAGCUAAAUCCUUACAAAGCUGCCUGUGUAUUAUCUGAAAUCCAACAUACAUUUUUUAAACCAACACUGUAAAUAUACUUUCAAAGAAAAUAUGCAUGUAAGUUAUUUAUUUUUAUUAAAUCUGCUGUCUGACUGACAGUUGGGGAGGUUAAAAAAAUUCACUUAUAAAAGUGCCAGUUUAUAGUGGGCAAAGGGGAAGUUGCUAAACUUAAUACACAUAAUGCACUUCACUAAGCUUUUUUGUUGUUGUUGUUGACUUUCUUUAUUUUGGUAGUGCAUGCAUCGGACAACAAGCAAGUAAUGACAUAACUUGAGAUACAGGCUGGUCAUAGAAGAAUAUCAGCAUAUGUCAAAUUUACAGCACUAUUUUAAAAGUAUAGAACAUAAGAGAACCAUGUCUACAUAUGUGACUGGAUAGAAGUAUUCAGAGUAAAGGAGACAUGGAGGAUAGAAAAGUAUUAAGCAGUUAUCUAGUCAUCAAUAGAGCAUAAUACUGACAAUCAAUUCAGACAGAAAGGUUGCAUAAAUCAAAAAUCAUAAAUACAAGGCUAAAUCUGCAAUAUAAGAUGGGCAAAAAAAAAUUAGGCAGCAAGUAACAGUCAGUUCUUGAAUUUCAUGUUUUGGAAGCAGGAAAAAUGGGCAGGCGAAAAGAUCUGAGUGACUUUGACAAGGGCCAAAUAGUGAUGGCUAGAUGACUGAGUCGGAGCAUCUCCAAAACGGCAAAUCGUGAUCCUUGUGUGCAGUGGUUAAUACCUACUAAAAGUAGUGCAAGGAAGGACAACUGGUGAACCAGCGACAGGGUCAUGGGCGCCUACGACUCUUAAAGCACGUAGGAGCCGUCUGGUCUGAUCACACAGAAGAGUUAACAUAGCUCAAAUUUCUGAAAAACUUAAUGCUGGCCAUGAUAGAAAGGUAAAAUGUAGAUAUAAGAGAGUGCAAAAUAGGUGACAACAGAUAAAAAUAAAACCGUAAACCAAUUAAAAGAACAAGCAUGUGUCAGUUCUGUAGUUUGCCAAUAAAAAGGAUAUUCAAAAAGGUAAAAUAAAUGGCAGGGUUUUAAUUUGCAUCCCACUGUCCAGAGCAACAAAGUAUCCUCUGACUGAUGGAUAUAUACAAUGUAACCACCUUAACAGAUACAAACAAAAAGGAAUAUAGUAUAAUACUGUAAAUGUAUUUUUAAAAAAAACAAAAACUUAUCCCCACAUAAAUCUGUAACACACUGAUUUUAUGUAAGAGUUCCUAUAUGGGGAUAAGGGUUAUAUUGACUAAGUGCAGACACAAGUAUUUUUUGUUAUUUACAUGAUAGAAAUGUGUCAGAACACACAUUUCAUUGCAGUUUGCUUAAUAUGGGCUGCAUGGCCACAAACCAUGAGCUGGCUGCCCUGGAGAAGAAUCAAACUGACAUGCCCACUUUGGGAAGUGUGUGGAUGUCAUUGGUGUUGACACACCCCUCUAAUAUUAGGCUGCUCUGCAUUUAAAUUCCCAGCCUGAAUUUUUGUUCCAGUCUAGCCCUGCUUCUAAAUGUGCUGUCCUCAUUGUGUAGUCCUAUUACACUUAAUGCGUAUAAUUGAUAUGUAUCAAUUCUAUUCUCUGUUCCUUUCUUUCUAGUAUCUUAUGGUCAGACAUAAACUGGGGAUGCCUCAUUGAAUCUGAAAUGUCUUUUCAUUGAAAGAGAAGAAGAAAUUCACAAGGAGUGCUGCAGUACAUACCAUAUUCCGUUUCCAUCCAACACUGAGCAUGUGGGAAAGAGCAUCUGUUAUUUUUUACUAAAAUAUGUGAAUAUUGUAGAGAUACCCAGUUGUUACUACAGACUUCUCAUGAUCUGUCAAUGUAUAUGUCGAAUAUCUCUUUAAAAGGGCUGAAUAAAUAUUGUCUGGACUAAAACCAGGACAUAAUUAUUGCAGUUAGUGUUUUUAAUUAUUUGCUCAUUUUUGAUUUACACUAAGUAAUAAAAUGCAGAAACUAGACCAGUUGAAGAACAUCUGCAAC